GGCGUUCUCUCUUCUUCUGCUGAUCAUCCUCUCCAACUCGCAACAAAAACAAGACCAGAAAAAAGUUAUCCAUGGCUACUGUCACCUCUGCAGCUGUUGCCAUCCCAUCAUUCACCGGCCUCAAGGCAGCCGGGGCAGCCAAAGUUAGCGCCAUUGCUAAAGUGUCAGCUUCUCCAGUCCCAAGGCUUAGCGUCAAGGCUUCACUCAAGGAUGUGGGUGUCGCCGUUGCGGCCACCGCCGCAAGCGCAAUCCUUGCAAGCAAUGCCAUGGCCGUAGAGGUCUUGCUUGGUGCAAGCGACGGGUCGUUGGCUUUCGUUCCCAGCAACUUCAGCGUGAGCGCCGGAGAGAAGAUAGUGUUCAAGAACAACGCCGGGUUCCCCCACAAUGUUGUGUUCGACGAGGACGAGAUUCCCGGCGGAGUAGAUGCGGGGAAGAUCUCCAUGAGUGAGGAGGACCUCCUUAAUGCCCCAGGAGAGACAUAUGCUGUGACCUUGACUGAAAAAGGCAGCUACUCGUUCUAUUGUUCCCCUCACCAGGGAGCUGGUAUGGUGGGAAAAGUUACCGUUAAUUAAGUUUGUUUGUUUGUUUGUUUGAAAACUCUGUGAGGAUCAUCUCGUAUUUCUCUCUUCUACUUUUUUUUUUUGGAAGGUUGUAUGUAGAGCUUAAGUUAUGAAGUAAAGGAACGAAUGGGUGAAACUUAUUUUUCAUUUUCUUCA